AUGAACAACCAAGGCAUGAACAACCAGCAGCCAGCAGGCCAGAAGGAAGACUACCUCGACAAGGCCGUCGAUGCCAUCGAGAAGAAGUUCGGCCAAGCCUCAGGCCAUCAAGUAGAUCCCGCCAAGUACAGAGCUCAGAACGAGAAGUUCACAGAUAAGCUCAGAGGUUUCAUCGAGAAGAAGACUGGCAAGAAGAUGCCGUCUAAGUUCUCAAACUAG